AUGGCUCCCAAGGACUCCUCCACCGGCUACAAGCGCAAGCUGGACAGCAAGACCAAGGACAAAUCCUCAAAGAAGCCAAAGUUCGAGAAGCGACCGCCCCCGCCGCCCAAGGAGGAAGCCGACGACAUCAGCGAUGACACCCCCUUCGAAGACUUUUCAGAUGACCAGGAAGACGGCGGUGUCUCCCUGAGCAGCGGGAGGCCACCACACAGCGCCAACCAGUCCAAUGGCAAGGCCGACGACGGCUCCGCCAAAGUAUUCGAGAAGGGCGCAAACUCCCGCGAGUCGCAUAUAAAACAAAAGCAACUGGCUGCUGAGCGGAAGGCCGCCAAGCCUCUUGCCGACGAGUCACACCGGGCCAAGAAGCUGUGGGAGAAGUUACGAAGGAAGUCCCACGUCCCCAAGGAGGAGAGAACCAAGCUCGUCGAAGAGCUCUUCUCCAUCGUCACCGGCCGCAUCAAGGAGUUCGCCCUCAAGCAUGACACGGUCCGAGUUGUCCAGACCGCCAUCAAGUACUCGAAUCUCGAACGGCGGAGGAUGAUUGCGAACGAGCUCAAGGGCACCUACGCCCAGCUCGCUGAGAGCAAGUAUGCCAAGUUCCUCAUCGGCAAGCUUUUCGUCGAGGGCGACAAGGAGGUCCGCGAUCUGAUUGUCCCCGAGUUCUACGGCAAGGUCCGGAAGAUGAUCAACCACCCCGAGGCCUCAUGGAUCCUCGACGACAUCUACAGACAAAUGGCGACCCCCGAGCAAAAGGCCAUCAUGCUUAGGGAAUGGUACGGGCCAGAGUUCGCCAUCUUCAGGAGCGAGGGCAAGGAUCUCACCGCCGAUCUAUCCAAGAUCAUCGAGGAAGAACCGAGCAAGAGGAUAUUCAUCAUCAGGUACUUGUUGGAAGCGACCAACCAGCUGAUUCAGAAGAAGAUGACUGGCUUCACCAUGUUGCACGACGCCAUGCUACAGUACUUCUUGAAUGUCCAGUCAGGCGGUGACGAGCACAAGGAGUUCAUUGAGAUGGUCAAGGAGGACGAGAACGGCGAUCUGCUCAAGAACAUGGCCUUCACCAAAUCAGGCGCUCGCCUUACCUGCUUGCUUCUUGCACAUGGCACCGCCAAGGACAGGAAACAGCUUCUCAAGACUUUCAAGGAUACCUUCCAGCUCAUGUCGGGGGAUCCCUGGGGUCAUCUCAUCAUCCUUGCCGCCUACGACCUGAUCGAUGACACCGUCCUGACAUCAAAAUCCAUUUUCCCAGAAUUACUAGGCAAAAACGAUGGCAAUGAGGCCAGCAACCUUGUCAUCAUCGCCAACGAGCCCAAUGCACGGUUCACUGUCCGCUACCUGUUUGAGGGCACCUCCAAGGCACUCUUUGAUGCUAGUCACGCCCCCCAUCUGCAGGUUCUCCAAGAGAUCCAUGAAAUCAGGAAGACGACCAGUAAGAAGGACCCGGAGAUCCGCAGGAAAGAACUCAUCGCGGCCAUGUCUCCUGCAUUGCUCACUGGUGUUGAAGCGGCGCCAUAUGAUUUGGUUUCGACGUCUUUUGGCUGCCAGGUUGUUCAAGAUAUCCUGCUUUCGAGCGUUGGUGACAAGACCGAGGCGCUCAAGGCCAUCGCAACCACCGCCGAGGGAGACCCAUCUGCCGAGGCCAUGGAUGUUGAUGUUGAUGUUGAGGCUGAGGCGGGAGCUGAGGCCACCGAGGAGGGCGAGGACCAACCUCAAAUUGACCUUCACAUCUCCAAGACAGCCCAUGGCGGUCGCUUGUUCAAGACACUUAUAGCUGGUGGACACUUUGACAAGGCGACUCGCAAGAUCAUACCGGUUGAUCCUCCUUUGCAUUUUGCCGACAUUCUCUAUCCUAUCAUCAAAGAUCACAUUGUUGCGUGGGCUACCGGCCCUAGCUCGUUUGUGCCGGUCGCCUUACUCGAGGCCGACGACUUCUCUCAGAGAGACGAGCUGAAGAAGAUCUUGAAGAAGGAGAAGAAGACCCUAGAGAAGGCCGCCACAGAGGAGACGCCGGAACAGAAGGCUUCUCGCGAAGCAGCAGAGACUAAUGGUGACGCAGAGAAGCCUGCCAAGAAGGGAAAGAAGUCGGCCCCCAAGAAGGAGAGGUCCGUGGGUAAUGCCGGUGCAAGGAUCUUGCUGGAGAAGUUGAAGAAUUAA